CCGGGGUCGCUGAGCCUGCGCCCAGUGCCCGGAGCCCCGCGCCGAGCCGAGCUCGCGCCGAGCCGCAGCCGCCCAUUCCGGGUCCCCGGCCGGGGGACCAGCAGCUUCCCUGCAGGCAGCGUGAGGACAGCCUGUGCCCCAGAAGCAGGAUGAGAAGAUGGCAGACUUCCUGUUACCUCGGGGCACCAGCAGCUUCCGCAGGUUCACCCGGGAGUCUCUGGCGGCCAUCGAGAAGCGCAUGGUGGAGAAGCAGGCCCGAGGUUCGGCCGCCUCGCAGGAGAGCCGAGACAGGCUGCCCGAGGAGGAGGCUCCCCAGCCCCAGCUGGACCUGCAGGCCUCCAAAAAGCUGCCGGAUCUCUAUGGCAACCCACCCCGAGAGCUCAUUGGGGAGCCCUUGGAGGACCUGGACCCCUUCUAUAGCACCCAAAAGACCUUCAUCGUCCUGAACAAAGGCAAGACCAUCUUCCGGUUCAGUGCCACCAACGCCUUGUAUGUCCUCAGCCCCUUCCACCCCAUCCGGAGAGCGGCCGUGAAGAUCCUCGUUCAUUCGCUCUUCAGCAUGCUCAUCAUGUGUACCAUCCUGACCAACUGCGUGUUCAUGGCCCAGCACGACCCUCCACCCUGGACCAAAUACGUCGAGUACACCUUCACUGCCAUCUACACCUUUGAGUGUCUGGUCAAAAUUCUGGCUCGAGGCUUCUGCCUGCAUGCGUUCACCUUCCUUCGGGACCCGUGGAACUGGCUGGACUUCAGUGUGAUCAUCAUGGCAUACACCACUGAAUUUGUGGACCUGGGCAAUGUCUCAGCUUUACGUACCUUCCGAGUCUUCCGGGCCCUGAAAACUAUAUCAGUCAUUUCAGGCCUGAAGACCAUCGUGGGGGCCCUGAUCCAGUCUGUGAAGAAGCUGGCCGAUGUGAUGGUCCUCACGGUCUUCUGCCUCAGCGUCUUUGCCCUCAUCGGCCUGCAGCUCUUCAUGGGCAACCUGAGGCACAAGUGCGUUCGCAACUUCACGGUGCUCAGCGGCACCAAUGGCUCCGUGGAAGCCGACGGCCUGGUCUGGGAAUCGCUGGACCUCUACCUCAACGACCCAGAAAACUACUUGCUCAAGAAUGGCACCUCUGAUGUGUUAAUGUGUGGGAACAGCUCUGACGCUGGGACAUGUCCCGAGGGCUACAGGUGCCUGAAGGCAGGCGAGAACCCUGACCACGGCUACACCAGCUUCGACUCCUUCGCCUGGGCCUUCCUUGCGCUCUUCCGACUGAUGACGCAGGACUACUGGGAGCGCCUCUACCAGCAGACCCUGAGGUCUGCAGGGAAGAUCUACAUGAUCUUCUUCAUGCUUGUCAUCUUCCUGGGCUCCUUCUACCUGGUGAACUUGAUCCUGGCUGUGGUUGCCAUGGCCUACGAGGAGCAAAACCAAGCCACCAUCGCUGAGACAGAGGAGAAGGAAAAGCGAUUCCAGGAAGCCAUGGAGAUGCUCAAGAAAGAGCAUGAGGCCCUCACCAUCAGGGGUGUGGACACCGUGUCUCGCAGCUCCUUGGAGAUGUCCCCUUUGGCCGCAGUAAUCUCCCACGAGAGAAGGAGCAAGAGGAGAAAACGAAUGUCUUCAGGGUCGGAGGAGUGUGGGGGUGACAGGUUCACCAAGUCCGACUCGGAGGAUGGUCCCCAAGCAGUGAAUCAUCUCAGCAUCACCCAUGGCCUCAGCAGGACCUCCCUGAAGCCACGCUCCAGCCAUGGAAGCAUUUUCACCUUCCGCCGACGGGACAUGGGUUCUGAGACAGAUUUUGCAGAUGAUGAAAACAGCACAGCCGGGGACAGUGAGAGCCACCGCACAUCACUGCUGGUGCCUUGGCCCCUGCGCCGGCCUAGUGCCCAGGGACAACCCAGUCCCGGAACCUCAACUCCAAGCCACAUCCUCAAUGGCAAAAGGAACAGCACUGUGGACUGCAACGGGGUGGUCUCCUUGCUGGGGGCAGGCGACUCUGAGACCACUUCCCCAGGGAGCCGCCUCCUCCGCCCUAAGAUGCUGGAGCGCCCCCUGGACACGACCACACUGUCGGAGGAGCCAGGCAGGCCUCAGAUGCUGACCCCCCAGGGUCCGUGUGUGGAUGGCUUCGAGGAGCCAGGAGAGCGGCAGCGAGCCCUCAGUGCAGUCAGCGUCCUCACCAGCGUUCUGGAAGAGUUGGAGUCUCACCGCAAGUAUCCGCCAUGCUGGAAUCGCUUCGCCCAGCGCUACCUGAUCUGGGAGUGUUGUCCACUGUGGAUGUCCAUCAAGCAGAGAGUGAAGUUCAUGGUCAUGGACCCAUUCGCCGACCUCACCAUCACCAUGUGCAUCGUGAUUAACACACUCUUCAUGGCACUGGAGCAUUACAACAUGACAACUGAAUUUGAGGAGAUGCUGCAGGUCGGAAACCUGGUCUUCACAGGGAUCUUCACAGCAGAGAUGACCUUCAAGAUCAUCGCCCUGGACCCCUACUACUACUUCCAGCAGGGCUGGAACAUCUUCGACAGCAUCAUCGUCAUCCUCAGCCUCAUGGAGCUGGGCCUGUCCCGCAUGGGCAAUUUGUCGGUGCUUCGCUCCUUCCGCCUGCUUCGGGUCUUCAAGCUGGCGAAGUCCUGGCCCACCCUGAACACACUCAUCAAGAUCAUCGGGAACUCAGUGGGGGCACUGGGCAACCUGACGCUGGUGCUGGCCAUCAUCGUGUUCAUCUUUGCUGUGGUGGGCAUGCAGCUCUUUGGCAAGAACUACUCAGAGCUGAGGCACCGCAUCAGCGACUCAGGUCUGCUGCCCCGCUGGCACAUGAUGGACUUCUUCCAUGCCUUCCUCAUCAUCUUCCGCAUCCUCUGUGGCGAGUGGAUCGAGACCAUGUGGGACUGCAUGGAGGUGUCUGGGCAGUCACUGUGCCUGCUGGUCUUCUUGCUUGUUAUGGUCAUUGGCAACCUCGUGGUCCUGAACCUCUUCCUGGCUUUGCUGCUCAGCUCCUUCAGUGCAGACAACCUCACAGCCCCUGACGAGGACGGGGAGAUGAACAACCUCCAGCUGGCCCUGGCCCGUAUCCAGCGGGGCCUGCGCUUCAUCAAGCGGACCACCUGGGACUUCUGCUGUGGGCUUCUGCAGCGGCGGGCUCAGAAGCCUGCGGCCCUCACCACCCAGGGCCAGCUGCCCGGCUGCAUCACCACCUCCAGCCCCCCACCACCCCCAGAGACAGAGAAGGCGCUGCCAGCCCGCAAGGAGACACGGUUUGAGGAAGGCCAACGGCCAGGCCAGGGCACACCCGGGGAUCCGGAGCCCGUGUGUGUGCCCAUCGCCGUGGCCGAGUCAGACACGGAUGACCAAGAGGAGGAUGAGGAGAAUAGCCUAAGCACAGAGGAAGAGUCCAGCAAGCAGGAAUCCCAGCCUGUGUCUGGCAGCCCAGAGGCCCUGCUGGAGCCCAGGCCCUGGAGUCAGGUAUCAGAGACCACCUCCUCUGGGGCCGAGGCCAGUGCAGCUCAGGCAAACUUGCGGCAGCAGCGGAGAACAGAGACCCCAGCCCCAGGGUGCAGUGAGACGCAUGAGAACAGUUAUUCUGAGGGGAGCACAGCAGACAUGACCAACACUGCUGACCUCCUGGAGCAGAUCCCCGACCUCGGAGAGGACAUCAAGGAUCCAGAGGACUGCUUCACUAAAGGCUGUGUCCAGCGCUGUCCCUGCUGCACCGUGGACACCACGCAGGCCUCAGGGAAGGUCUGGUGGAGGCUGCGCAAGACCUGCUACCACAUCGUGGAGCACAGCUGGUUCGAGACGUUCAUCAUCUUCAUGAUCCUACUCAGCAGUGGAGCACUGGCCUUCGAGGACAUCUACCUGGAGGAGCGGAAGACCAUCAAGGUCCUGCUGGAGUAUGCUGACAAGAUGUUCACCUACAUCUUUGUGCUGGAGAUGCUGCUCAAGUGGGUGGCCUAUGGCUUCAAGAAGUACUUCACCAAUGCCUGGUGCUGGCUCGAUUUCCUCAUUGUGGAUGUCUCGCUGAUCAGCCUGGUGGCCAACGCGCUGGGCUUUGCUGAGAUGGGCCCCAUCAAGUCACUGAGGACCUUGCGUGCGCUCCGACCCCUGCGAGCCCUGUCACGAUUUGAGGGCAUGAGGGUUGUGGUCAAUGCCCUGGUGGGUGCCAUCCCUUCCAUCAUGAACGUCCUCCUCGUCUGCCUCAUCUUCUGGCUCAUCUUCAGUAUCAUGGGUGUGAACCUCUUUGCGGGGAAGUUUGGGAGAUGCAUCAACCAGACCGAGGGAGACCUGCCCUUGAACUACACCAUCGUGAACAACAAGAGUGACUGUGUGUCUUUCAACGUGACUGGUGAAUUGUACUGGACCAAGGUGAAAGUCAACUUUGACAACGUUGGGGCCGGGUACCUGGCCCUUCUGCAGGUGGCAACAUUUAAAGGCUGGAUGGACAUCAUGUACGCAGCUGUGGACUCCAGGGGGUAUGAAGAGCAGCCCCAGUGGGAAUACAACCUCUACAUGUACAUCUACUUUGUUAUUUUCAUCAUCUUCGGGUCUUUCUUCACCCUGAACCUUUUCAUCGGUGUCAUCAUUGACAACUUCAACCAACAGAAGAAAAAGUUAGGGGGCCAGGACAUCUUCAUGACAGAGGAGCAGAAGAAGUACUACAACGCCAUGAAAAAGCUGGGCUCCAAGAAGCCCCAGAAGCCCAUCCCACGGCCCCUGAACAAGUACCAGGGCUUCAUAUUCGACAUUGUGACCAAGCAGGCCUUCGAUGUCACCAUCAUGUUUCUCAUCUGCUUGAACAUGGUAACCAUGAUGGUGGAGACAGAUGACCAGAGCCCUGAGAAGGUCAAUAUCUUGGCCAAGAUCAACCUGCUCUUUGUAGCCAUCUUCACAGGCGAAUGUAUCAUCAAGAUGGCUGCCCUGCGCUACUAUUACUUCACCAACAGCUGGAACAUCUUUGACUUCGUGGUUGUCAUCCUCUCCAUCGUGGGCACCGUGCUCUCAGACAUCAUCCAGAAGUACUUCUUCUCUCCAACGCUCUUCCGAGUCAUCCGCCUGGCCCGGAUCGGCCGCAUCCUCAGGCUGAUCCGUGGGGCCAAGGGCAUCCGCACACUGCUCUUUGCACUCAUGAUGUCCCUGCCCGCCCUCUUCAACAUUGGGCUGCUGCUCUUCCUGGUCAUGUUUAUCUACUCCAUCUUCGGCAUGGCCAACUUCGCUUACGUCAAGUGGGAGGCUGGCAUUGAUGACAUGUUCAACUUCCAGACCUUCGCCAACAGCAUGCUGUGCCUCUUCCAGAUCACCACGUCGGCAGGCUGGGACGGGCUCCUCAGCCCCAUCCUCAACACGGGGCCUCCCUACUGCGACCCCAACCUGCCCAACAGCAACGGCUCCCGGGGGAACUGCGGGAGCCCCGCCGUGGGCAUCCUCUUCUUCACCACCUACAUCAUCAUCUCCUUCCUCAUCGUGGUCAACAUGUACAUCGCCAUCAUCCUGGAGAACUUCAGUGUGGCCACGGAGGAGAGCACGGAGCCCCUGAGCGAGGACGACUUCGACAUGUUCUAUGAGAUCUGGGAGAAGUUUGACCCGGAGGCCACCCAGUUCAUUGAGUAUUCGGCCCUGUCCGACUUUGCUGACGCUCUGUCUGAGCCGCUCCGAAUCGCCAAGCCCAACCAGAUAAGCCUCAUCAAUAUGGACCUGCCCAUGGUGAGCGGGGACCGUAUCCACUGCAUGGACAUCCUCUUUGCCUUCACCAAGAGGGUCCUGGGCGAGUCUGGGGAGAUGGACGCCCUGAAGAUCCAAAUGGAGGAGAAGUUCAUGGCGGCCAACCCGUCCAAGAUCUCGUACGAGCCCAUCACCACCACACUCCGGCGCAAGCACGAGGAGGUGUCGGCCUCGAUCAUCCAGCGGGCCUUCCGCAGGCACCUGCUGCAGCGCUCCAUGAAGCACGCCUCCUUCCUCUUCCGCCAGCAGGCGGGCGGCAGCGGCCUCUCUGAAGAGGAUGCCCCCGAGCAGGAGGGCCUCAUUGCCUACAUGAUGAACGAGAACUUCUCCCAGCGCCUUGUCCCGCCCUCCAGCUCCUCCAUCUCCUCCACGUCCUUUCCACCCUCCUACGACAGUGUCACCAGGGCCACCAGCGAUAACCCCCAGGCGCGGGCAUCUGACUACAGCCCCAGUGAGGAUCUUGCAGACAUCCCCCCGUCCCCAGACAGGGACCGUGAAUCUGUCGUGUGAGCGUGCCCCGGUGGGCCAGCACACAGCAUCAUGGCAAACCCGAAUGCAGCCCCAGACCAGCAGCCGUUGGGCCAUCUGUCCUUGCUUUGGGCUUCGGGAGUGAGAGAUGAGCCUUGGCCCCAUGGACCGACAAGGCAGAGUCCUGUGCACCAUGCUGACGGGAUGGAAGCAUUUGGCUAAGCCAGCCGUUCGGGGUGGCCUGUCCCUAGAGGCCCCAAGUGUACCAGUCCUGGCGGAAGGGUCUGGUCAGGCAACACCCCGGGGUCUGACAAGCAACUCCAUCCCAGCUACUGAGACAAAAUACAAAACUGAGACUGUAUGUGUUGUGAACGGGCUUUCAUAAAUUUAUUAUAUUUGAUAUUUUUUUACUUGAGCAAAGAACUAACUUUUUUUCAUGGACGGAUCGGCAGCAAUUCCCACUGCCUCUUCUUAACUCUGAACAAGAGUGUCUAUGGAGCUGCUGGGACUCUGUUGUCAAAGCAAAAGUGAAAUCCAGUGUGGGUCCCACAGGCCUUCACUGCCCAGGGCUUGGGAUAAGGUGCCAAGAGGGCUGAACCCCUUCCCCUUCAUGCGUGUGCACACUCUCAUACACAGAGAGGCCAGACACAGGCCACGUGUGGCCUGGGCUCCCUGAGGUGAGCACCAGGCAGCCUCUUCUGCCCUAGCCUAAGGGAGACAGGCCUUUCCUCCCGGCCCCCAUGGGUGGGAUUCUUGUCAGCCGGGGCUCAUCCUGGCCUUCCAUUGUCCCCAAGCUUCCAUUUUCCCCUUGUAUUUUUAUGCAGGCCACCCUGGGGUCAGUUCUACAGAUACAACAAGCUUCCAGAAGAGAGUGGCCCGGGUCCCAGGGCCGGUCCUCGGCACUGACGUUGCCUUUCUUCCCUGGAGAGCAUGGCCUCUGUUAGAGUAUUAACGUUAAACGAAGGGCCUGAGGGGGGGAGCCCCACUCACUUCCUGCCACCCAGCUUGUCCUUGCUGCCCAGCCUGGCCGGCCCUGCCCCACAGGCGAGGAAGAGAAGGCUGAGCCCGUGGGGUUAGGGCUGAGAAACUCAACAGCCCUCAGAGCGGGGGCCCCCGGCCCAUGUGGAGAAGGGAGUCUGUUGUCAUCACCCAGGCUCUCUCUCCGGACCUUUCUGCCUCUGCCCAGGGGUGAGGGGAUGCCCAUGUGGCCUCCAGCUCCUCUCCAGAUGCAGUGGCAUGGGAGUGUUGAGGGCCUUUUGGGCCCUGUGCAGAGAAGGGGCCUCAGGAGACUCAGGCCCAGUCCCUGUGCCCUGGGAGGAGAAUGGACCCCAGGCCCCCUGGGAAAGGGAGUAGUGUGACCCUGGACCAGCCCCUCCCACUCAGCCCAGGGUCCUGGUGGCACCCGCAUGCAGGACCUCCUGGGGCAGCGGCCAGGCUACCCAUAGGUCUUGUGAGCAGGCCUUUUCAGGGAAAAAUACUUUUUCUAGUCCAAUUACCACCCCCAGGGCCUCUUCAGCUGCUGACAAUCCUACUUAGCAUAUGCAAAUCUUUUAAUGUAGAGAACUGUCACCCUGAGAGUGACAGUGGUGGCUGGUGGAGCCUGUGCAGGCAGGGGCUCGGCUGCCCAAAUCCGCUCUCCAGCAAAGCCGCCCUCCACCCGGCGGCGGCCACCUCUCAGGGCAGCCCGGGAAGCCAGAAGCUGGCUGUCCUAACCUACCUCGCCGAGCCGUCAGGGAGCUGGCCGUGGGGAGCUAAGGGGACACUGCCGGCGAGACAAGUAUUAUGUUUCUUCUUGUCACCUGAGUUCCCUUGGUGGCAGCCCCAGCCUCCACACCCCUCCACCCCAGUGAUUUCUCUUCUCCCAUGUUCCCUUUGAGUCCAGUGUGGGAUGUGGUUUUUAACUGUCCCAGCGACACUUCUCUGAGUGGAAAUCUUAUUUUUGUAGCUCUCUGUGCUGUGCUCUUAAGGCUUGGAGAGGUGUGUGCCCUCCCUGGCACCUGGCACCCAGAGCCUGCUGCAUGGACGGGGAUGAGUCUGGGAGGCCGGCCGGCCUGCAGGCCCAGCUGACCGGAAGGCAACUGGGGUUUUGUGUGUGGGGACAGCCUGGGAGCCUGAGGCAGGUGCCUGGGGCCGGCCGCUGACAGACGACGCUGGCUGCACCAAGUGCCAGCUGUUGUCUGAACUACCCAAGCACUUCUCACCAAACUUCAUGCAUAAAUAAGAUACAUAUUUUUAAAACAAACCAAUAAAUGGCUUA